CUGCGAUUCUGGACAUUUACCAAAAGCGUUCACAACCUCUCAUAAGGAGGCCUUAAACAUGUUUUUGGACAAGAUGGACAGAUUUAGAGGUUAAUGUGCAAGUUAUGAUUUCCUGAUUCCAUAUGUUAAGUGUAUUUAGGAUUCCUGAGCGACGGAAUAUACUUAAAAUGGGUUACUCAAAAUACCUACUUUAUUUAUGGGCUUUGAUCAUCCAAGGCCUCAGUGAACAAAAUAAGGCAAAUAUUCUAAAAAACAAUAUAAUUGCUACUAUAAGCAAGACCAUUAGUAAAUGCCAACUGGAUUUGCCUCCAGAGGAACGCAACGUAACAGUACGGAUUAAAUGUAUUGGCACUGAGACAGAAGAUGGCAAUGUGGAGGAACUGACAAAGAGGCAAUUAGUUCAAAGGUUUGGCCAGACAAAUGCAGCAAUCUGCGGAGCAAUGACAUCUAUAGAAUGCGAAGAAGUGUUACCUACAACAACAACAACAACAACAACA